AUGGACCUCCCGGCCGCGACGGGCGGGGGCCGGCGCACGAGCUACUCGCUCCUCUCGCAGUUCCCCGACGACCCGGCCGCGCCGGCCGUCCUGCAGCGCCAGUCCAGUGGCGGCAGCAGCUACGGGCCCGGCAGCUCCGUCUCCGGCUCCAGCGACUACCCCUUCAACCACCACCUCCCCCCCGCCGCCGCCCCCGCCGCCGGGGGCACGCCCAAGAGCUGGGCGCAGCAGGCGGAGGAGACGUACCAGCUGCAGCUCGCCCUCGCGCUACGCCUCUGCGCCGACGCCGCCUGCGCCGCCGACCCGGGAUUCCUCGACCCCGGGGACGGCAAGAUGAUGGGAGGGCCCGGGGCCGGGGGAAGUGGGAGCGGCAGGGCCUUCCCGCUCGCGCCCCCCACGCCCACCGCCGAGGCGCUCUCGCACCGCUUCUGGGUAAAUGGCUCGUUAUCAUACAGCAACACGAUACCGGACGGGUUCUACCUCAUCCAAGGGAUGGACCCCUUCGUGUGGUCGAUGUGCACCGACGUGCACGAGGAGAACCGCAUACCCUCCGUGGAGUCGCUCAGGUCCGUCCGCCCCGGCGAUUCCUCCAUCCAGGUGGUCCUCGUCGAUAGGAGGGCCGACUUCGAUCUGGGGAUGCUGGAGAAUUACGCGGCCAGCUUCCUGUCCAGCUCCGCCGACAUCAAGGAUGUGAUCAACCAGCUGGCCAAACUCGUGUCUUCCAGAAUGGGGGGUACAGCUUCCAAUGAAGAAAACCUGCUUCCACGCUGGAAGGAGAGCAGCGAGGUGAUCACGUCGAGUUCAGGAUCUAUUGUGCUUCAUCUGGGGAAGUUGCCGAUUGGUCUCUGCAAGCAACGCUCUUUGCUUUUCAAAAUGUUAGCAGAUAAAGUCAACGUACCAUGCAGAUUAGUCAAGGGUUGUAAAUACUGCAAAGCUGAGGACGCCUCCUCCUGUGUUGUACGUUUUGGGCUUGAAAGGGAAUACUUGGUUGACUUAAUCGGGGAGCCUGGCCAACUAUCUGAUCCUGAUUCCUUUGUCAAUGGCCCCUACUCGCUAUCAGUGCCAUCACCUCUCCGUCCUCCAAAAUUUAGGUCAUUAGAGAUCACUUCAAAUUUCAGCUCAGUUGCCAAGCAAUACUUCUCAGAUUGUCACUCGCUCAAUCUAUUGUUCAGCGAUGCUUCCACAGGUGCUUCUAGUGGUGCUGCAGUUGCUGUGGACCAAAUGUAUUCGAAGAAACAUGAUGCAGGGGACGGGAUUGCGAGCGGCUGGGUGCCGGUGAAAGGGCAACCAACUAUAAACUCGGACAUUAUUCUGCCAGAAGCUCCUCGGGAGAUUUUGCCACUUAUGACUUCCUCCAAUUUAACAGCUGAUAAAAAGAAAGAAUUUCAGCUACUCGAGGGGAAUCAGUAUCUACGGAGUACAGUAAGUGAUCUGUCACUUGCUGUGGAUGAUCUGAUAAUUCCAUGGAGUGAGCUGGUUUUAAAGGAGAAGAUUGGAGCAGGUUCUUUUGGAACAGUUCAUCGUGCUGACUGGCAUGGAUCGGAUGUUGCUGUGAAGAUACUGAUGGAGCAGGAUUAUCAUCUAGAUCGCUUCAGAGAAUUUAUGAGAGAGGUCGCAAUAAUGAAAAGUCUGAGGCAUCCAAAUAUUGUUCUCUUCAUGGGUGCUGUUACUGAACCCCCAAACCUAUCAAUAGUUACGGAAUACUUGUCAAGAGGUAGCUUGUAUAAACUUUUGCAUAGGACUGGUGCAAGGGAAGUUCUGGAUGAGAGGCGCCGUUUGAACAUGGCGUUCGAUGUGGCGAAGGGAAUGAACUAUCUGCAUAGACGUAGCCCCCCUAUCGUUCACCGUGAUUUGAAGUCUCCAAAUCUUCUAGUCGACAAGAAGUAUACUGUGAAGGUAUGUGACUUUGGCCUUUCACGACUGAAAGCCAACACCUAUCUGUCCUCGAAGUCUUUGGCCGGAACUCCUGAAUGGAUGGCGCCUGAAGUGCUUCGAGAUGAGCCGUCCAAUGAGAAGUCUGAUGUCUACAGUUUCGCUGUGAUCCUAUGGGAACUUAUGACGUUACAACAACCAUGGUGCAACCUGAAUCCUGCCCAGGUAGUUGCUGCUGUAGGCUUUAAAGGAAGAAGACUUGAAAUUCCAAUAGAUUUGAAUCCUCAAGUAGCUGCGUUGAUCGAAUCCUGCUGGGCUAAUGAGCCAUGGAAGAGACCCUCAUUUGCUAAUAUCAUGGAAACUUUGAGACCUUUGAUUAAUAAGGUUGCGGUGCCGCAGUUGCUCCGUUCAGACUCAUAGCAGUUUCGUGCUGUUAAGGAAACAAUCAUUUCCUUAAAGCUGUUGUGAUAAUAUCCGCAUGGUUUUUUUUCGGUGUUUAACCUGUUAAUGAAGGAUAAUUCAUCGACGUUAUUACUCAGUGCUAAGAGUAAGGAGUUGUUGAUUUGCAAUUUUAAGUAAAGUGUAACCUGGCAACUCCCUUCCAUGGCCUAAGAUAUCACGAAGAGAAUUAUCCUCCACCGUUGUCGAUUACAAACCAAGUUUGGAACACCAGAAAGCUUCUGGUUAUGAUGUGUAAAUUUUGGUUUCUACUGGAUACCUCUGUAUAUUAUGUAUGUAAAACUAGAUUAGCCCUGAAAAUCAGGCCUUUGUUGGAUGUCUGACUGUGACCUGAGCCAAGCCUGGAGCAAGUAGUGAUGUGUACAUAUUUUUUUAUGCACCCUAGACCUUUGAAGUUGUAACACGUGUAUGCAUCUUGUAUUAUGAGAUGGUUGUUAUGACAGGUCUACCAGUGAGCCAACUGAACAGGCUAAUCUAGUUUUACUAUAAUUGUUACUGAACAGGCUAAAAGUUAAUUGGAUCAAAUCUGUUGGCAUGUGUUCUUGAUUCA